AUGGGGUUGCCACAUGUAUCCUCAGCCUACAUUGCUGAGGAGGUGGCAACUUCAUUAGGCACAUUUGUGCAAACUGCACCGAAGAUUGCUGGCGUAAGCAACUAUGACAUGAAUUUGUUCGCUGGAGGAGAAGAACUCGGCAAAUGUAUGAACAUUCAUAUGCCUAACUCUGAAAAAACAAAUGUUUUUGAGGUUUCAAAAGAAUCAUCUAUUUCAAAUGUGAGUAAUAAAGAUGGUCAAUUCAAGAUUAACUCCAUGGAGCAAAUUGGUAGGUUAUCUGCCAAUGCUGAACAAAGUUUGCAGCAGACACCUACUUCUACGACUCUACGAUCAUUAGCUUCUCGCGUUAAUGGUUUUGGUGCAAAUGGAUUUUCGCCAAGUGAAUCUUCCAAGUCUAAUGUAAAAAAGCGAUUAUGGUCACCUUUGAAUGCGACGUUGCUUGCAGAUCAGUGUAAGGGCGAUCAUUGCAUGGACAUUGGAGGUGAGAUUUAUCAAAAAAAUGCGUCAUUGCCCCGCAUCCCUUUAUCUCCUUUGGGUAAAAAAACUUGUCCAGAUAAAAAGUUGGGAGAAUGUAGAGAUUUUGGUACCGACUUGAGUGAUGUCAAACUGUUUACUCCUGAUGAUAUCGUUGAUAUGAAGGAGUAUUGGACUUAUCCUGCUAGCUUUCCUCCUUGGCAUGCUAGGUUAUGUCAAUCUGAGAGUAGGCUGCCAACUAGAAGGUCUCUAGUCGGUUCGUUCGAGGAGUCGCUAUUAUCUGGUCGUUUACUUUCUGAGAAAGUUAGUCAGAAAAUUGAAGGCUUUCUUGCUAUGCUGAAUGUAACCGGAGGAAAUUUCUCACCUCAAUCACGAAAAAUUCCAUUUGCAGUAACGAGUGUAGAUGGAGACAAAUACCUACUUUAUUAUUCUUCAAUUAAUCUCUCGGGAAAUUCAUUAUCAAGCAAGGCUAGAGUAACUAAAUGUCAGAGAACCUUUAGAAUGGAUGAAUCGCGAUAUGAAAAGAGACGCAUACGAAUACCUAUAAAAGGGCGUAUUCAACUGGUUCUCAGCAAUCCAGAGAGAACACCGAUUCACACCUUCUUCUGCAAUUAUGAUUUAAGUGACAUGCCAGCCGAUACAAAGACAUUCGUGCGGCAAAAGAUCACUUUAACUUCGUCUAGAUCAACAUCUACAACUGGAAAAAUGGUUCUAAACGGUUCUGAUACUGAUGCUAAGUCCUCAAGCAGAUGCCUUGUUGAUGAAGAAACAUUUCUAAAUGGUUCUACAAAGAUCAACGACAAUUCUAUUAACAACUGCGUCCUUCUUUAUGCUCUUCAUCUUCGCUUUAUGUGUACUUUUCCUAAGAAACGUUCAAGAUCUGUUCCUACACACAAAUCCGACCCUGUUUCUUCUGAAGCAAGAAAACUUAUAGACAACGAAGAAGAAAGAAGUUUCUACUUGUACGAUGAUAUGAGAGUAGUGUUUCCUCAGCGUCACUCAGAUUCUGAUGAGGGCAAGUUGCAUGUGGAAUAUCAUUUUCCAUCUAAUCCAAAAUACUUUGACAUCAGCAGCUAA